AUGGGGAAGACGAUUCAAGUGUUUGGUUUCCCGGAUGGUGUGAACACAGAGGAUGUUAAAAAGUUUCUUGAAAGGCUCACUGGCUCAGGCACUGUUUUCGCAAUCAAAAUCAGGAAGCCGAAGAAAGGUGGACCAAGAGUCUACGCCAUUGUUCAAUUCACAUCCGAGAGACACGCGAGGCUGAUCAUCACGCUUGCCGAAAAGCGUCUCGAUUACGGGAGAUCUUAUCUCAAGGCCUUUGAAGUGGAGCAAGACAUUGUUCCGAAACCGAGAGCUUCACUGCACAACAUCUCGGAUUUGAAGAUGUACUUUGGAUGUCAGGUCUCGCCCAAGAAGCUCUCGGUUCUAUGGAGUAUUCAAAAUGUUCGUGUCUCGUUUGGAACUGGGAUGCGGAAACUUCAUUUCUCCAUGUCUUGGUAUGAGAAAGAUUAUCGGCUCGAGCUUCCUUAUGAAAACAUAUGGCAGAUCGAUUUGCAUUCACCGAGAGGACGACAGUCAAAGUUUCUUGUGAUUCAGGUCAUUGGUGCUCCUAAAAUCUUUCAGAAAGAGGAUCAACCUGUUGAUCAUUUGUUUGGAAUGCUUGAUUUCUACAGUGAUGGGUCUGAUGAGCAAUGGAUAAGAACCACAGAUUUCACUUCUUCUUCCCGUAUCGGUCAAUCAACUGCGUUCUGUUUAGAGCUUCCCCUUCAGCUCAAUGUUCCUGACUUCAGAGAGAAUUUCGCCAACUACGCAGAGCACAAAGAAGGUAGCUUUCUCAUUGAAUCCGGGUCUAGCUAUUCGUCAGACUCAAACAACCUCGUCCCUGUUGUUGAUCCUCCUCCAGGGUUUGACCUGCCUUUCGAGAUCUUGUUCAAAGUCAAUGCACUGGUGCAGAACGCUUGUAUGCCCGGGCCAGCUCUUGAUCGUGACUUCUAUCAGCUUAUUGAUCCACAAAGAUUUGACAGAGCUCUCAUAGAUCACUCUCUUGAGAAACUCUUUUAUCUUACGGAGUGUUGCUAUGAGCCUGCUCGUUGGCUCCGCGAAGAGUACAAGUACUGGAUUUCGAAAGGAAAGGUUCCAGAGCCUCCUGUGAUAUCUCUGGACGACGGGCUUGUUUACAUGUACCGCGUCCAGGUUACACCGACAAGAGUCUACUUCUCCGGACCAGAGGUGAAUGUUUCGAACCGUGUGCUUCGGCAAUACUCUGUCUAUAUCAACAACUUCCUCCGGAUAUCAUUCGUUGAUGAAGAUCUUGAGAAGGUUCGUUCCAUGGAUCUGUCUCCACGCUCUUCUACUCAACCAAGAACCAAGCUAUACGACAGGAUUAUUUCCGUUCUUCGAGAUGGGAUCGUCAUCGGCGGUAAGAAGUUUGACUUCCUCGCCUUCUCUUCCAGCCAGCUGCGGGAGAGCUCCGCUUGGAUGUUUGCUCCUAGAGACGGGCUCACGGCGGCAGGCAUCAGAGCUUGGAUGGGUGAUUUCGAGCAUAUAAGAAACGUGGCGAAAUACGCAGCAAGGCUCGGCCAGUCGUUUAGCUCGUCGAGAGAGACGCUUAAUGUUUGGAAAGACGAGAUUGAAGUGAUUCCGGAUGUUGAGGUCAGAUGUUUAGAGACACGGUAUGUGUUUUCCGAUGGAAUAGGAAAGAUCUCAGCCGAGUUUGCUAGACGGGUGGCUAAGAAGUGUGGCCUCACAGAGUUUUCUCCGUCUGCUUUUCAAAUCCGAUACGGCGGGUAUAAAGGAGUGGUGGCUGUGGAUCCAGACUCAUCAAAGAAACUGUCUUUGAGGAAGAGUAUGAGCAAAUUCGAGUCGGAGAACACAAAGCUUGACGUUUUGGCGUGGAGCAAGUACCAGCCUUGUUACCUCAACAGGCAACUAAUCACACUUUUGUCUACUUUGGGUGUUAGAGACAGUGUCUUUGAGAAGAAACAACGGGAAGUUGUGGAUCAGCUCGACGCAAUCUUAACCAAUCCUCUAGAGGCUCAUGAGGCUCUUGGUCUAAUGGCUCCAGGGGAAAACACGCAAAUUCUCAAGGAACUAAUCUUGUGUGGUUACAAACCGGACACCGAGCCAUUCCUCUCGAUGAUGCUUCAGAAUUUCAGGACAUCUAAGUUGUUGGAGCUACGGACGAAAUCACGGAUUUUCAUUCCUCGUGGAAGAUCUAUGAUGGGUUGCCUAGACGAGACCAGAACAUUGGAAUACGGACAAGUGUUCGUGCAGUUUUCAGAUCCCACGAGGCUAGGAACUCAGUGCAUAAUGGGUCCUGUUGUUGUCGCCAAAAAUCCGUGUCUGCAUCCUGGUGACGUGCGUGUUCUUCAAGCUGUUAAGGUCCCAGCUUUGAGUCACAUGGUGGAUUGCGUUGUUUUCCCUCAGAAAGGCUCGAGGCCUCACCCAAACGAGUGUUCAGGGAGUGACUUAGAUGGAGAUAUAUAUUUUGUAUGUUGGGAUCAGGAAUUGAUUCCACCAAGAACGUCUGAGCCAAUGGACUACACUCCUGAACCAGCUCAAAUCUUGGAUCAUGAUGUGACAAUUGAGGAAAUCGAAGAGUACUUCACGAACUACAUCGUCAAUGAUAGUCUCGGAAUCAUCGCGAAUGCUCAUACCGCCUUUGCUGACAAAGAACCACAGAAGGCAUUCAGUGAACCUUGCAUUCAGCUUGCAAGAAAGUUCUCAAUAGCUGUGGAUUUCCCCAAAACGGGUGUUGCAGCCGAGAUACCGCAGCAUCUUUAUGUGAAAGAGUAUCCAGAUUUUAUGGAGAAGCUUGAUAAACCCACGUACGAGUCCGAGAACGUGAUAGGUAAACUUUUCAGAGAGGUGAAAGAGCGAGCUCCACCUCGGAUCUCGAUCAAAUCCUUUACUCUUGACGUGGCAGAAAAGUCUUAUGAUAAAGACAUGGAAGUUCUCGGGUUCGAGGAAUAUAUUGAUGAAGCUUUCUUCCACAAGGGGAAUUACGAUUACAAGUUGGGUAAUUUGAUGGAUUACUAUGGGAUUAAGACCGAGGCUGAGAUACUCAGUGGUGGUAUCAUGAGGAUGUCCAAGUCCUUCACCAAGAGACGUGACGGGGAAUCGAUUGGGAGGGCGGUCCGAGCGCUGAGGAAAGAAGCUUUGUCGUGGUUCAAUGCCUCUGAGAAAGAAGAGGACUUUAAUGCGUCGGCGAAGGCGUCGGCUUGGUAUCAUGUGACGUACCAUCCAAGUUAUUGGGGAGUUUAUAAUGAGGGUUUGAACCGCGACCACUUCUUGAGCUUUGCGUGGUGCGUUUAUAAUAAGCUUGUGAGGAUCAAGAAGGCCAAUGUUUGCAAGCGCCAGCGGCAGGAGACGCUUGAGCUUGAGCGAUUUGGCCACGUUCUGCGUUUGAGUUGA